GUGCGCAAGCGUUGAAUGUCAAUUUAUCAUCUCUGUCUUUUUCACAUAUCUCGUUUGCAAUUUUUUGUUUUUUUUUUUCUUUCUUUUGUUUUGGAGUAAAGCAGCAAUAUGAUGAAAAAGAGGGGAGGGGUGCCGUUGUGACUCCUCAACUAAAGGGGGAGUUGGAAUUGUGGCCUGAUGUGUAUUCUCUUCAACCAAGCGAGACACUGAAACUCAAUUGGAGGGGAUGAAAAAAGGGUGGUGAUACUGGGCGCCAGUCUUUCGACGUUUCUCGUUCUAUAAACAACGUUAUUUUAUUGUUGUUAUUUUUAACAGUUAAUGUGCUAAUAAUUGUGCUAAAAAAAAAUUAACAUAUUUAAUAAUUAUUUUAUUUUUAAAUCGAUAAAAAAACAAGUGUAAAAGUUUUUUGGAGCAAAGAGAAAAAAAGAAAUUAUUUUAUAGUGAUGUUUGUUUGAAAUUUACAAAAAAAAAAAAUAGAAAUAUUAACAAAAAUAUUGUGUGAAUUUAGUGUUAAAGUUUAAACAAUAUUUUAUUUAUAAUUAUUUAAUGAUUUUUCUUAUUUUUUGAGUGAAAAUUUUAUUAUUUCAGUGAAAAUUAUUGCUGAGGGAUUAAAAUUCAACUGUUUCAUUGGUUUAUUAAAAUGAUGUUGUGACAAAUAAUUCAUUCCACCUCAUACGAAAAUAUUAAAGACCUAAUAUCGGAUGAGGGUAGACUGUCAAUGGCUUGGGGAAUCAAUUCACCUCAUCGAACGAACUGUUAGACCCUGGAGAUAACUGAAGAUGAGCUGGUUUGGUAGGAGGUAAGACGAGCUGAAGAAGAAAACUAGCAUAGACUGCAAAAUCCAUCAGCGUCGAAAGUGCAAACGGAAAGGCUGAAAAAAUAAAAUAAAAAAACCAACGGACCAAAGAAAUAAAAUAAAAGACUAAAACGAACGAAAAAAAAAGAAAAAAAAUUAAAUAAAAAAAACAUUACAAGGAAAUAAUACAAGUAAGCUACACACAAAAAGAUAAAGAAAAUAAAUAAAAAUGUCUAAUUGAAAAUAAUGGUGGAUUAAAGAACAAAAGAAAAAAAUAAAAAAAACAAAAAAACAAUGUUACAAAUUGAAAUGCCACAUUGUCAUUAACAAGUAAAUUAAUUUUUUUUUUUCUUUUUAAAUUUAAAUUUGUUUUCAUCAAAUGAAAAACAAUGAGACCAAAUAUAUUAAUAAAAUUGCUAUUGAUAGCAAUGAUAACAACAACAACAUUACCAAAAUCAACAAAUGCAUGUCCAAAAAUAUGUUCAUGUAAAUGGAAAUACGGUAAAGAAUGGGUUGAAUGUGCAAAUCGUAAUUUAACAACUCUACCAAAAGGUUCACGUGAAGAAACACAAGUACUUGAUUUAUCAAAUAAUAAUAUUGAAUUAAUUGAAUCAAAAUCAUUUGAAAAAUUACAUCUUAUUAAUUUACAAAAAUUAUUUAUUGGUAAAUGUAAAAUUUAUGAUAUAUCAGAUGAUGCAUUUGUCGGUUUACGUGGUCUUGUUGAGCUUGAUUUAAACACAAAUAAAAUACAUGAUGUUCCAUCAAUGGCACUAUCAUCAUGUCCAGAUUUAAUGAAGCUAAUAUUAAAUUCAAAUGACAUACGAGUCAUCAAAACAAAUUCAUUUAAUCGUCUUCUACAAUUAUCAACAUUAGAAUUGAGUGAUUGCAACAUUGAAAUAAUUGAAAAAGGUGCAUUUAAUGGUUUAAAAAAACUUGAAAAAUUACGUCUAAAUGGUAAUCAAAUAAAAUACAUACCAGAACAAACAUUACCAUUUACUUCGGAUUUACGUGAUUUAUCAUUAUACAAUAAUCCAUGGAAUUGUGAUUGUCAUUUACGUUCAAUGCAAUCGGAAAUUAAAUUAUCAAAUAUACCGACAAAUGUUUUUCAAGAUAAUUUACCAAUAUGUAAAACACCACAAAAACAUUAUGGUAAAUCAAUCAAAGAUAUUAAACAUGAUGAUCUUGCUUGUAUACCUAAAAUUAUUAUUGAUGAUAUUAUUGAAGUUGAUGAAGGUGAUAAUGUUACACUACAAUGUCAUGUUUAUGCUGAACCAAUUGCCAUUGUUUUUUGGCAAUUUAAUAAUGAUGAUAAAUGUGAAACACAAAGUGAAAAUGAUUCAUCACUUGUUAUGUCAACCAGAUAUUCAUGUAAACAACGUGGACAAAUUAACAUGACAAAUAUACUUAGUAUAAAUGGAGUUGAUAAAAAUGAUGAAGGUACAUUUACAUGUGUUGCUAAAAAUACAGCUGGUAUUAUUGAUAAAAAUAUAUCAUUAAAAAUUCGUAUUAUUGAAAAAAAUACAAUUGAACCAAUAAAUGAUAAAAAAAAUAAUGGUUAUUUAACAGUUAUGAUUGCUGGUUCAUUAGUUGGUAUACUACUUGUUAUUGGUUUAAUAAUAUGUUGUUUAAUAUAUUGUACAAAAAAAAGACGUGAUAAUAAACGUAAUGCAAAACAAUUAUCAUUACAAAAUAAAAUAGUAACACCAUUAACAAAUAAUAAAGAAUGUGAAACAGUUACUGGUAAAACAUCAACGUCAAAUAUUAAUUAUGAUAAUCAACAACAAGUUAUGUAUACUGAACGUGAAUUAUUAUCACGUACAUCAUCAAUUGAUCGUCGUAAUAAUACAAAUGAUAUAUUUAGAAAUUCAGUUAGUAAAUAUUUAACUGAACCUGAUUUAAUUAAUGAAGUAUAUCCAGCAACAACAAAUCCAUCUGAUACAACAGAUAAUUAUGCUGUCUAUCAACAGCAACAGCAACAACAGCAGCAACAACAACAGCAACAACAACAGCAUCAACAACAACAGCAACAACAGCAUCAACAACAACAGCAACAACAGCAACAACAACAACAAUUACAAUUGCAUUUACAUCAUCAACAUUUACAUCAACAUUUAAUUCAACCUCGUCACAUGAUGGAAUAUAAUCCUGAAACAAGAUACUCACUUCAACCAACGACAAUUGAUUCACGACCAAGUUUAUCACAUUUAAGUUAUCUUGAUCAAGAUGGUUAUCCAUUAAAUUUUGGUUUACCAAAAAUAUCAAUAAAUUCAACAAGUUGUACACUACCAAGAUUACGACAUCGUAUGCAAGAAGGUACAGCAGCAGCACCAACAGCACGUUUUGCACGUGAAGCUGAAUUUUUAGCACGUUCAACACCACAUGAUACAACAGCAUCAACGCCAGCAACAACAACAACAUCAUCAUCAUCAUCGUCAACAACAGUACCAAGAACAGAUGCAAGAUAUACUGCUGAUGGUUAUCCAUAUCCAAUUGUUUAUAAACAAUUAACAUCACCAAUACAACAACCAUUACAAAUACCACCAUAUGUAUCAUUAUCACCAGAAAUAAUAUUACCAUCACCAUCAGAUAUACAAGAUGUACCAUUUAUACCAUCACCACCAGCUGCCUAUAAAGGUGAACCAACACCAUUAUCACCACGUUCAUUAUUAAGUAAAACAGCUAGAGAAGCUGCUGCUGCUGUUGCUGCACGUGCUGAUGGUGCUAGACCACCAGAUCAUCCAGAAUCACCAGAUGAAGGAUAUGUUGGUGAUGCUAUGGAUGUCUGAGGGAUAGCCAGACUCGAACGUCAUACUAAUAAUAAUAAUAAUUAAUCAAAAUCAAAUGACGUUUGAGAAUAUUUAUAUUAUUUUGAUUUUUUAAUUAUUUAUUUAUUUAUUUAAACAAUUCAAGUCAUCCAUGUGUUGAUGAUUGAUAUGCUAAAAGCAAACUUGAUAGUUGUUGUAAAAUUUAAUUAUUAUUAUUGGAAAGUGACACUGGACACAUGCCCACUGCAUCAUCUUUAUCAUCACAAGUUAAUUUGGCACUAUCAUUGAUUUUAUUUUGAUCAACACAAUUUGUGAUGUCAUUCAGCACGUGACAAACAUACAGGUCAUCAUUUUCUCUAUUUUGAACCUUUCCUUUUUUCAUCUAUUUAUUUUUAUUUUUUUUUAUUUUCGUUUAUUUGUAUUGGAAAAAGUAGAAAAAUAAAAUAAAUAUAUAUAGUGCAAAGUCCUUUAGUUCCUCUUCAAGAUUCCUCAACUGCUUCAACUCUUAUCUGACCUCGAUACUUGAUUGGAUUCCCUGAGAAUGACGAUAACACUGCUCAAUAAAAAAAAAGAAAAAUAAAUAAUAGUGAUUUAUCGUGUGAGUAUUAUGUACGUGCAAUUGCAGCUAAAUGCACAUUUGAAAAAAUAAAUAAAUUGAUAAACAAUUAAUAGAUAAUUUGGAAUAAAUGUGAGUGUAAAAAAAAAAAAAAAGAAUAAUUAAUAAAAAUGUGCUCAAUAUAUUAUACACACCAAAAACUAGAAUUGAGAAAAAUGAAAAAAAUAAAACAUCAUCUUUUAAAAUCAACAUGAUUUUAUAAAUAAAAUAAUUUAAAAUUUCUGUAUAAAUUACUUGAGUAUUUGAAAAAAAUUGUGAAAUUUAAAGAAUGAAAUCUUUUGGAUUUUUUUUCUUUUUUUUUUAAACGUUCGAUAUUGAUUCUCGUGUCAUCCUCAAAAUGCAGGAAUGUCAUUGGGAUAUCCGGGUGUGACGUGCGCAGUGAAAUAACAAAUAAUUCAUUUUAAAAAUUUAAUUUUUAUUUUUUUAGCUGUGUGAAUGCAGAUGAAGCUUUUAUUUCCUGCUGGCAAUUAUUCAGCAGGUAAAAAAAAAAAUAGUAUAGAAUGAGAAGAUUGAUUUAGUUUGCAUAUAAUCCGUAGAGAAAUGGAUAAAUAGUGUAAAAAUAAAAUUAUAAAAACCAAAAACAAAAAAAAAAA